UUAUUUUCCUCCCGCGUCUCUCUCUCCUCGACGGCAGAUCAACCUUUACUAAUCUUUAUCGAGCCGAACCAACGAGGAGGACCGGAGAAGGGAGCGAGUGUGGGAUAAAUAGAUCGAUACCCUCGGCCUUGGGUUUCUUCCGGUCAGAGGUGGCCAUUUCUUUCUUUCUUUCUUUCUUUCGUCAGAAAGAGGAGAACAUAGGAGAAAGUCCUCCCGCCACCGGUCUUCUCAGCCCCCGUCUCUUCGUUCCUCGUUCCUUUUCCCCCUUCCUUCUGUUCGUUUUUCUUUUUCUGGUGCUUUGUUUUGUUUUAGGGGGAAGGGCGGGAUACGCUCAUUCUCUUGUUCUGUUUCUUGGAGAAAAUAAAGAAAGGGAAAAAAGGAAGAAGAAAUUCUUGCGGGGACUUGGGUCCGCUCCGGACCAGCGAGAAGAGGGGGGCGGGGAGGCCUCCAACGAGCGUCGAGGGAUAAUAAGCGCAGGGCGACAAAUGGGGCGCAGAAAGGUCGGCAAGUACGAGGUCGGCCGGACCAUCGGGGAGGGCACCUUCGCCAAGGUCAAAUUCGCCAUCAACACCGAGACCGGAGAGAGCGUCGCCAUGAAGGUCCUCGCCAAGACCACCAUCCUCAAGCAUAAGAUGGUCCAUCAGAUCAAGAGAGAAAUAUCUAUAAUGAAGAUUGUCAGGCACCCCGGCAUAGUCAGGCUGCAUGAGGUUUUGGCUAGCAGGACAAAGAUAUACAUCAUUCUAGAACUUAUCAGAGGAGGCGAACUCUUUGAUAGAAUAGUUCAUCAAGGAAAGCUUCAUGAGAAUGAAUCCAGGCGGUACUUCCAACAACUUAUUGAUGCAGUUGAUUACUGCCAUAGUAAGGGUGUCUACCAUAGAGAUUUGAAGCCCGAAAAUCUUCUUCUUGAUUCUCGAGGAAACUUAAAAGUUUCAGAUUUUGGUCUUAGUGCACUUCCACAGCAAGGAGUUGGACUUCUUCACACAACAUGUGGGACCCCGAAUUAUGUUGCUCCUGAGGUACUCCGCCAUGAAGGUUAUGAUGGUGCUGCAGCAGAUAUAUGGUCAUGUGGAGUUAUCCUAUAUGUUUUAAUGGCUGGAUACCUUCCUUUUGAUGAGACUGAUCUUCCAACCUUGUCUAGAAAAAUCAACACAGCAGAAUUUUCCUGCCCACCUUGGUUCUCUUCAGGAGCUAUCUUGUUGAUACAUAAAAUACUUGAUCCUAAUCCAAACACUCGCAUUCAUGUUGAAGGAAUAAAAAAUGAUCCAUGGUUCAGGAUAAAUUAUGUUCCUGUUAGACAUGGUGAAGAGGAAGAAGUUAAUUUGGAUGAUGUUCAGGCUGUUUUCAAUGACAUUGAGGAUCAUUAUGUUACUGAGCAGGUAGAAACUAAAGAUGGAGGUCCUCUUAUAAUGAAUGCUUUUGAGAUGAUUACUCUGUCUCAGGGGCUGGAUCUUUCAGCAUUAUUCGACAGAAGGCAGGAUUUUGUGAAACGCCAAACUCGUUUUGUGUCACGCCACUCAGCAAGGACCAUCAUAGCAACCAUUGAAGCUGUUGCUCAGUCAAUUGGUCUCAAGGUUCAUUCCCAAAACUACAAGAUGAGGCUUGAAGGAGUGUCCUCGAAUAAGAUGGGCCAGUUUAUUGUUGUCCUGGAGGUUUUUGAAGUUGCCUCUUCCCUUUUCAUGGUGGAUGUUCGGAAGGUUGCUGGUGAUACACUAGAAUAUCACAAGUUCUACAACAUUUUAUGUGGUAAGCUGGAGCAUAUCAUCUGGAGACCGACAGAUGCAGCUGGCUAGAUCUUUCACUUCUUAGGACAGCAAAUUGCUGAUUUACUUUUGAGAGACAGCAUGCCGAUCAACUCUGAGGUUUGUUGCAAAUGUAAUCAUUGUUGGUAAAGCUCAACCCAUGUGCAUUCGAGGAGGAUUAACAUGAAAGGGGCCAGCUAUGGUUGCCACCGUUACCGGUAUAUCAAACCGGUUUGAGGUAUUUCAGUGUAUUUAUCUGUGGAGCACCGCUCAAAGUCAAAGGCCUUCCUCGAAAUGACGUGCAACUGUUGUUGGCCAUUAUUAAAUAGAUUCUGUAUGGAGUCGCAAGAUGUGUAGGUAUAUGAUAAUCCAUGAAAUCACUGGUAGCGAAGUUUGUUGGUCCCUUUUAUUAUCUUUUGACGAACACGUUAAUGUUGAGCAGCACAUGAUUUGAGAUUCUUGCCAAGGCUUGCCGUCUGCC